GCGCGCGGACGGCGGAUCGCGAGGCCGGAGAUGGAGCCGGAGCGGGAGCCGGAGCCCGAGCCCGAGCCCGGCGCGGGCGAGGAGGUUGGCUUUUGCCUGGACACUGGCCUGUGGUCCUGGGGGCUGCAGCUGACGGAGCAGCACACACAGUCCCCCAUGCUGGCAGGGAUGAUGAUUGGCGCCCUCCUGGCCCUGAGCCUGGCUCUGGCUGGUAUCACAGUCUUCUUUAUGUACCGAAGGGCUAGACGCUUGCGGCAAGUGCAGCCUGCUCCGCAAUACAGGUUCCGGAAGAGAGACAAAGUCAUGUUUUACGGCCGGAAGAUCAUGCGAAAGGUGACCACACUCCCCCACACGCUCGUGGGGAGCACGGCUGCCCCCAGGCAGCGGGUGAGGAAGAGAACCAAGGUGCUGUCUCUGGCCAAGAGGAUUCUGCGUUUCAAGAAGGAGUACCCUACCCUGCAGCCAAAGGAGCCCCCACCCUCGCUGCUGGAGGCCGACCUCACGGAGUUCGACGUAAAGAACUCCCACCUGCCGUCGGAGGUUCUGUACAUGCUGAAGAACGUGCGGGUCCUGGGCCACUUUGAGAAGCCGCUUUUCCUAGAACUCUGCAAACACAUGGUCUUCGUGCAGCUGCUGGAAGGGGAGCACGUCUUCCGGCCGGGGGAGCCGGACACCAGCAUCUACGUGGUGCAGGACGGGCGGCUGGAAGUCUGCGUCCAGGGCGCGGAUGGCCCUGAGACGGUGGUUAAAGAGGUGCCAGCUGGGGACAGCGUCCACAGCCUCCUCAGCAUUCUGGACGUCAUCACCGGCCACACGGCGCCCUACAAAACGGUGUCCGCCCGCGCCGCCGUCCCGUCCACCGUCCUGCGGCUUCCGGCGGCUGCUUUUCAAGGCGUGUUUGAGAAGUACCCCGAGACGCUGGUCAGGGUGGUGCAGAUCAUCAUGGUGCGGCUGCAGCGGGUCACCUUCCUGGCUCUACACAACUACCUGGGCCUGACCACAGAGCUCUUCAACCCUGAGAGCCAGGCCAUCCCCCUCGUAUCCGUGGCCAACGUGGCUGCUGGGAAGGCCCGGAGGCAGUCGGGCUGCGGCCCUGAGGAGCGGCCCCCGGACCCAGACCGAGGGGGCAGCCGUGCAACAGCCUCAGCACCGCUGCUGAAGAGGAGCCUCUCCGUCCCGCUGCCCACCGUGCACGAGGAGCCCGUGGAUGCGCUUGGCCAGGCCCUGGCAGGUGAGGCCUCCUCAGACGUGGGCCGGGCCCAGCACCUCCCACCUGUGCAGGCGAGCUGGGGUCGGGGUGCCCCGGCCCAGGCUCCCCCUCGGCCUCCUGCAAGUGCCCCCGCGGACCCGAGGGCGACGUGCGACGGCGCCAGGGCGCCCCCGCCCGCAGAGGAGCGCCCCGCGAGCGGCGCGGCGAGCAAGGCCAAGAGGAACGUGGUCGUCGCCGAGACGCCCGCCGCCGUCUUCCGCUACUCGGAGCGGAGCCCGGGCCCGGCCGCGGGCAGCAGCGGCAGCGCGGACGCCAUGCUCAGGGCCGCCAAGGAGGACCUGCUCACGCUCAUGCAGCUGGACGACCCUUCCCUGCUGGACGGCCGUGUGACACUCCUGCACGUCCCGGGGGGCACGGUGGUGUCAAAGCAGGGAGACCAGGACGUGAACAUCCUCUUCGUGGUUUCGGGGCUGCUGCACGUGUACCAGCGGAAGAUCGACAGCGAGGAGGACACCUGUCUGUUUGUGACGCACCCCGGGGAGAUGGUGGGCCAGCUGGCCGUGCUCACAGGCGAGCCCCUCAUCUUCACCAUCAGGGCCAACAGGGACUGCAGCUUCCUCUCCAUCUCCAAGGCUCACUUCUAUGAGAUCAUGCGGAGGCAGCCAACCGUGGUCCUGGGCGUGGCGCACACGGUGGCCAAGCGCAUGUCCUCCUUCGUGCGGCAGAUGGACUUCGCGCUGGACUGGAUGGAGGUGGAGGCCGGCCGCGCCGUGUACCGGCAGGGGGACAGGUCCGACUGCACCUACAUCGUGCUGAGCGGCCGGCUGCGCGCGGUGGUCCGCAAGGAGGACGGCAAGAAGCGCCUGGCGGGGGAGUACGGCCGCGGGGACCUCAUCGGAGUGGUGGAGACGCUCACGCAGCAGCCCCGAGCCACCACGGUGCACGCCGUGCGGGACUCGGAGCUGGCCAAGCUGCCGGCCGGGGCCCUGACGUCCAUCAAGCGCAGGUACCCGCAGGUCGUGACUCGGCUGAUUCACCUUUUGGGCGAGAAGAUCCUGGGCAGCCUCCAGCAGGGAACUGCCACAGGUCAUCAGUUUGGUCUGCACAGUGCGGGCAGCAAGUGGGACACGGGAAACCCGGCCAGCAACCUGUCCACAGUGGCCAUCAUGCCAGCAUCUGAGGACGUGCCCCUCACAGCCUUCGCCCUGGAGCUCAAGCAUGCCCUCAGUGCCAUAGGCCCCACCUUGCUGCUGACCAGUGACAACAUUAAACAGCGUCUGGGCUCUGCUGCUCUGGACAGCCUCCACGAGUACCGGCUGUCCAGCUGGCUGGGACAGCAGGAAGAUGUCCACCGCAUUGUGCUCUACCAGGCGGACAGCACGCUCACGCCCUGGACGCAGCGUUGCAUACGGCAGGCUGACUGCAUCCUCAUUGUGGGCCUGGGCGAGCAGGAGCCCACCGUGGGCGAGCUGGAGCGGAUGCUGGAGAGCUCGGCCGUGCGCGCGCAGAAGCAGCUGGUCCUGCUGCACCGGGAGGACGGGCCAGCCCCUGCCCGCACUGUGGACUGGCUCAACAUGCGGGGCUGGUGCUCCGGCCACUUGCACCUCCGCUGCCCGCGCCGCGUCUUCUCCCGGAGGAGCCUGCCCAGGCUGGUGGAGAUGUACGAGCGUGUCUUUCAGCGGGCCCCAGACCGGCACUCGGACUUCUCCCGCCUGGCACGCGUGCUGACGGGCAACGCCAUCGCGUUGGUGCUCGGGGGCGGAGGAGCCAGAGGCUGUGCCCAGGUCGGCAUCAUCCGGGCCCUGGCCGAGUGCGGCAUCCCCGUGGACAUGGUGGGAGGGACGUCCAUCGGGGCCUUCAUGGGCGCCCUGUACGCCGAGGAGCGGAGCUACAGCCAGACCCGGAUCCGCGCCAAGCAGUGGGCCGAGGACAUGACGUCGAUGGUGAAGACCGUGCUGGACCUGACCUACCCCAUCACCUCCAUGUUCUCGGGGGCCGGUUUCAACAGCAGCGUCAGCAGCGUCUUCAAGGACCGGCAGAUUGAGGACCUGUGGCUCCCUUAUUUCACAAUCACCACAGACAUCACGGCUUCCGCCAUGCGGGUGCACACGGACGGCUCCCUGUGGAGGUACGUGCGAGCCAGUAUGUCCCUGUCGGGCUACAUGCCCCCCCUCUGUGACCCCAAAGACGGACACCUGCUGAUGGACGGCGGCUACAUCAACAAUCUCCCAGCGGAUGUGGCCAGGUCCAUGGGCGCCAAGGUAGUGAUUGCCAUCGACGUGGGCAGCCGGGACGAGACGGACCUCACCAACUACGGCGACGCGCUGUCCGGGUGGUGGCUGCUCUGGAAGCGCUGGAACCCGCUGGCCACCAAAGUCAAGGUGCUGAACAUGGCGGAGAUCCAGGCCCGCCUGGCCUACGUGUGCUGCGUGCGGCAGCUGGAGCUGGUGCGCAGCAGCGACUACUGCGAGUGCCUGCGCCCGCCCAUCGACGGCUACCGCACCCUGGACUUCGGCAAGUUCGACGAGAUCUGCGAGGUGGGGUACCGGCACGGGCGGACCGUGUUCGACAUCUGGGGGCGCAGCGGCGUGCUGGAGAAGAUGCUGCAGGACCGGCAGGGCCCCCGUAGGAUGAAGGCGCGGGACGUGCCCGCCUGCCCCAGCGCCUCCUUCACCGACCUCGCGGAGAUCGUGUCCCGGAUCGAGCCCGUCGCGGCGGCCUCUGCGGACGAUGAGUCCGACUACCAGACGGAGUGCGAGGAGGAGCUGCCGGGCGGGCCCCAGGACGCCUACGCCGACUUCCAGAGCGCCCCGGCCGCCGCGGGCUCCGACUCGGAGGACGAGCCGGCGCUGCGGCGGCGGCGGGACCCGCCCCCGGACCCGGACCCGCCCCGGGACGCCUCGGCCCCCGGGCGCGCUGACCGCGGCGGGGCGCGCUGA